GUAUUAUUCUGCUAAUUGUGCAACGUGUUUGGGCGAAGAGUAAAGACUUAACUUAAAAUGAAGGUUGAAGCACUAGACAAAUUCUGGACUGAUAAAAGUCGCUAUGAUGUCGCGGAAAAACGGUUUUACGAGGGCCCUCAGAAGGUAACUGAACGCAGCCACUACAGCCCAUUAGUAAGCGAAAUCGCUAAGGCUAGGGAACACAUACAAAACUCGCUGGAAAAGAUUGAUGGUGUUACCCUGGAUGAUGGCUUAAACUCCCAGCUUGCCAACCGACUGACUGAAUUGGAAAGCGAAAACAAGGAACUGACCCAAAUUUUAAAUUCCGUUUUGAAUCGGUUAAGUACGAUUGAAGCUCAGUUGACCUUGACGAACGGAGAGUCCAAGAAGCCAGAAGCAAAACCAGCUGUAGUCGAGAAGGAGGAUGAUGAUGUCGAUCUUUUUGGCUCAGACAGCGAAGAGGAAGGGGAGGAGGCAGCCCGGAUAAGGGAGGAAAGACUGGCGGCCUAUGCUGCCAAGAAGGCUAAGAAAGUUCAAAUUAUUGCCAAGUCGAACAUCAUUCUGGAUGUAAAGCCAUGGGACGAUGAAACCGACCUUAAAGUGAUGGAAACUGAAAUCCGCAAAAUUACCCAGGACGGUUUGCUGUGGGGAGCAUCCAAAUUCGUUCCAGUUGCUUUUGGCAUCCAAAAACUCAGCAUCUCAUGCGUGGUUGAGGACGAUAAGGUUUCUAUUGAUUGGCUGACUGAGGAGAUCGAGAAACUGGAAGACUUUGUUCAAAGUGUUGACAUUGCUGCAUUCAACAAAAUCUAAAGAGCAUACAUAUAUUUUUUAAUUCGGAUUUACCUCAUUACAAAUGUUUUUGGGAGUCAUUUAAUAAAAUAUUUUGAUAAAACAA